AGCCCACUUGACCUAGGUCAUCCAUCUCCCAUCCCGACUCUUCCCAACUCGUUGUGCUCCAGCAACGACAGAGCGGGUCCACCUUUUCGACACCAUACCUCACUCACCCAGUUUGUCGUCGACUUCAUCCCUCGACAACAACAACAUCGACACCAUGGCGUCGACUUCGGCCACGGAUAUCCCUGCUGAGGUUCAGGCUGUGAAUGUCCCUGAUGGCACCACCGACUUCAUCCCUCUCAGAGGCAAGAAGUAUGACCUCAAGAAGCCUCACAUUACCGAGCUGCCCAUCACCUGGGGCAACUGGUACAAGCACGUCAACUGGCUGAACACCACCUUCAUCAUCUUCGUGCCUCUCGCCGGUCUCAUCUCUGCCUACUGGGUCCCCGCUCAGACCAAGACCAUCCUCUUCUCUAUCGCCUACUACUACUUCGCCGGUCUCGGUAUCACUGCCGGUUACCACCGACUUUGGGCGCACACCUCUUACAAGGCCACCCUCCCCCUCAAGAUCGUUCUCGCCGCUGGUGGUGCUGCUGCCGUUGAGGGUUCCGCCCGCUGGUGGUCCAGGGAUCACCGUGCUCACCACAGAUACACCGAUACCGACAAGGACCCCUACUCGGUCCGCAAGGGUCUCCUCUACUCACACAUCGGCUGGAUGGUCAUGAAGCAGAACCCCAAGAGAAUCGGCCGUACCGACAUCACCGAUCUCAACGAGGACCCCGUCGUCGUUUGGCAGCACAAGCACUACAUCAAGUGCGUCAUCAUCAUGGCUCUCAUCGUCCCUACCCUUGUUUGCGGUCUCGGCUGGGGUGACUAUGCUGGUGGCUUCAUCUACGGCGGUAUCCUCCGUAUCUUCUUUAUCCAGCAGGCUACCUUCUGCGUCAACUCUCUUGCCCACUGGCUCGGCGACCAGCCCUUCGACGACCGCAACUCACCGAGAGAUCACGUCAUCACUGCCCUCGUCACCCUUGGUGAGGGUUACCACAACUUCCACCACGAGUUCCCCAGUGAUUUCCGUAACGCUAUUGAGUGGUGGCAAUAUGACCCCACCAAGUGGUGCAUCUGGGUCUGGAAGCAGCUCGGUCUCGCUUACGACCUCAAGAAGUUCCCUCACAACGAGAUCGAAAAGGGCCGUCUUCAGCAGCAGCAGAAGAAGCUCGACCAGAAGCGUGCCACCCUUGACUGGGGUAUUCCCCUUGAGAACCUCCCCGUUGUCAGCUGGGACGACUUUGUCCAGGAGUCCAAGAACGGCAAGGCUUGGAUCGCUGUCGCUGGUGUCAUCCACGAUGUCGGCAAGUUCAUUCAGGACCACCCUGGUGGCAAGGCUCUUAUCAACUCGGCUAUUGGCAAGGACGCUACCGCCAUCUUCAACGGCGGUGUCUACAACCACUCCAACGCUGCCCACAACCUUCUCUCCACCAUGCGCGUCGGUGUCAUCCGCGGCGGCUGCGAGGUUGAGAUCUGGAAGCGUGCUCAGGCCGAGAACAAGGAUAUUGCCACUGUUACCGACUCUUCUGGCAAGAAGAUCGUUAGAGCUGGCCUUCAACCUACUCGUGUCACCCCGCCCGUUACCACGGCUGAUGCGGCAUGAGUGGAGUUAGAAGAAUGAUGGGGUUUCACGGAGUCUUCGGAUCAUGGAAGGCUUCAAGAGACAGGGAAAACAAAAUUGCAUGGGAAGCCGUGGUUCUAGCCGUAGAUAGCGCGCAAUGACCACGGUGUAGUACAGUAAAGAGAGAAGCAAGACACGUGCACCUCCGUUUCUUUCGCUGUACAUACACUUCCCGACUUCGGUCUUCACGGCGUUUUGGGGAGAUUUGGGAUUUUGGUCUGCAUGGAAAAUAGUCUGCUUUUUGCACGCGUAUGAAGACAACAUGGUAUGGGUUGAAAAGGCGGACACUUUAGGGUUUACAGGUGAAAGGAGAUACCAACAGAUUAGAUUGCGACUUUGUGUGGGCUGGCUAGUCUUGUGGCAAUAGCAUCAUACAUUCGUUAUGCAAGACAUUUGACCAUAUUCAUACCACAUGAGAAUGGUUGGUUCGCAUGAUGAGAUACUCAUUUACAUGAUCCAUUUCCGCUGAACCCGAUCAAAACUCCAUACGACAAGGUUGAGAAUCCACACGAUCGCUUACCGUGGUGGAACCAGGGAGUUCGAUUACGCCCGUUGACAUGAGCGGAGCAGCUAACAUUGUCGUGUGGAUGAAGCCAAACUACAGGG